UUUAAGUUCUCAAACUCUUUCCUCUGCAUAACUAACUGAAUAUGUUGACUUUAGCCACGCUGUCCUAAUGUGUACAAAACGAAAUGGCCGUAUGAAUCGUUUAUUUUGUAGCUUUUGUGAGCUGCAGCUUGCAGCAGUCGCACAGGUGCAGUGGUCAGCACGCGCUGCGUCCGUCCGCACGUUGCUUAUCUGCGGUGAACAAUAUAAGCGACGAUGGCUAAUUGUUUUGAAGACCUAUUUCUUCUCAGUUUAUCAUUUAUCUGUUGGUUUUAGUUUUUGUGUGUGUGUGUGUGUGUGUGUGUGUGUGUGUGUGUGUGUGUGUUUACACUUUCCAGAUUUUAUCCCCCUUUUAUUUUUUUUAUUUCCAGAAUGUUUUAAGAAAAGAGAAAUCGAACCGAAUUUGCUAGCUUUAGCACGUAACGUGAUUUUACUUGAAUUAUUAUGAAACUCUCUCCUAAAACUGAUGUGUUGUCUGUUGUGUCAUAACUACAACACGAAGUUAUGUUUGUAGGAACAUGGCAUGUUGUGACUAACAAUUGUAUUUUCAAUACAGUAUGUUGUAAACGUGUUGGAUUUAUAAUAAUAAAACAUUUUCUCUUACUUUUGUGUUUCUCAGGCCCCUGACUCGUAAUGACAGACAGUAAGGGGAGAUCACUGCCUGCAAUGCCAGAGCCCAGGAGUCCUACCACCAUGAAACAGCCUUCUGAUUCACCUGGUGGAUGUAAAGGGCGGGGUGAUGGGAGCACAGACCCCUCCAUGCUCAUGGACAAAGCUGCCACCCAGCUGGCAGCUACACCUCAAGAAAGUGUUCUGCAGAUGAUUGGCAGCCAUAAUCAUAACCAUACCCAUGAGCGACUGAAGGACCUGACUUCUCGCUUGUUAAAUGGCGAUCAAGACAAAAUUCCAAAACUCUGUGCUGCCACAGCGGCACAGCCUAUUCUCAAGGGCGUGGAGCCUGUUCCUCAGCACGCCAGCCCUCCGAGGAAGUCCAGCGCCGCUCCUGAACUCACAUUGAAAAUAACCAAAUGUGUUGUAAAUGUGAAGCCUAGCCGAUAUGAUGCUGAUUAUACAGGGGAGGGAACAGAUGACACAAAUGCCCCUUCCAGACUAUCAGAAGGUGUUCUGCGCUCUCCAACUGCCAGUAGAGAAAGACGAAAGAGGAAGAGGGGGCUUGUGAGAAAGAGAACCCCACUGAAUCGGAGCCGUGCCAUUUUAGCCCCUCCUGUAAAUGCUGAUAGAUCGCCUCUUCUGCACGCCACCAUAAAGCCACAUGACCUCACCAGUGAUCCAUGUGUCCUUCCCACUGAGUCUAAUGAGCAGGCUGAUUGCGAAAUACCUGCUACUGUAAAUCCCAACCCAAAGCAGCAGCCCAUGGCUGAGUGCGAGGUGAGUGAUGUUGCACAGGUUGUGGAUGAAGUGGAAGUAAGUGAUGCAGAGACACAACCCUAUGUGCAGUACUCAGUGGGCGACAUUAUCUGGACCAAAGUUUCUGGAUACCCAUGGUGGCCAUGUAUGAUCACUACAGACCCUGAGUUCGAUGUGCACUUUAGGUUGAAAGUGAAUGGCCGUAAAGGAUUGUUGUACCACGUACAGUACUUUGGAGAUGCUCCAGAGAGAGGAUAUGUCUUUGAGAAGAGCAUAGUCACCUUCUCUGGUAAAGACCAGUACGAGUUACUUAGCCGUGGCAACAAACUCCCCAGUGAAACCAGUGGAAGGAAGCGAGCAAUUCCUCGUAAGAUCCGGGAACAGUGGGAAAGAGGUGUGUUUCAGGCUACAGAAGCAUUGAGUCUACUCAUAGAGGAGCGACUGGACAAAUUCAGCUAUGUGUAUGAAGAAGGGAAAGCCCAGUUCAAUAUUCGCAUGCUACAAGAGCUUCAAGAACAGCACAAUCAGGAGCCACAACAAGACCAAGACCACAAAGAGUCUCAGGAGCUUGUCAGCCUCACUCCCCCCGACUCCACCCAGUCCAGCCCCAACUCCUCAAAAACUGCCACCAUCUCAGUCCUCCUCACCCCUCCCACAGACAGCAGCACUUCAGCAGGGAAAACAACCUUCCCCAGAAAAGCACCUAGAACUUCAGUAAAGAGGGAUCGCCAUAGACAGGGCACCGCAACACUGAAGAGGAAGAAGACAGCAGCUAUCUCUGCCAAAGAGAUCCCUUUAACGGAGUCUACUGUUCAGGAUCCAUGCACUGCAUCAGAGACACUUAAACCUCAGAGGAAAAUAAAGACAAAGGCUGGGAAACAGACAACCUGGACAAAAGACAUACUCUGUAUUGGCUUAGACUUUCAGCCAAAAGCACCUCAGAAGAAACCGAGGCAGCUCAGGCAAAAAUUUCCUGCAGCACCAAACUCGGUGAAGAAAAGGAGAGCAAAAGCGGGCGUCAGUAUAUCUGACACUUUGAAGGCAGAGUCCACCAAUCCUGGGCAGUCAGAUAUAAAGGUAUUUGCACCAAUCCCGAAACUAGUGAAGGACAAGGCAGAUGCAGUUUCUAAAGGAAGGAAAAAAGGCUCUAAACGUUUACGAGAGGAGUCAAAGGAGGAGGGUGUGGCACCCCAACCCAGAAAGAAAAGCAGGCUGGAAAAGGGGUUAAAAAAACAGAGAAGCCGAAAGAAGACGGAAUUAGAUGAGGCAACUGUCAUUACACCGAGGAGGAGGAAGCAGAAAUCUGACAGGAACAAGACAAGAAAAAGAUCUAGAAAAGCCGCAAGGGAGGAGGCUCCUGCCAAUGUCGAACGUGUCAGGAAAAGGAAACAAGAAUCGGCCAGACAAUCACUUCCUGUCUCAUCCAAAAAGCGUCGCCCAUCAGAUUAUCCCGAGCCAGAGAGACCCGAUUCUCCCAGUGACAGCACAGACGAAUCGCCGACCUCAAAGAAGGUAGAGCGCACUGCAGGAGCCAAGAAAGAGUGUGUGUGUCUGGUGUGUGAACAGACUGGUGAAGAUCUAGUCUUGUGUGAGGGACAGUGCUGUGGUUCAUAUCACCGGCAGUGUAUAGGCCUGCAGCAGUCCGCAGGAAAGGUGCUCUGCACCACGUGCAGCUCAGGUGAACAAGUGUGUUUCACCUGUAAGAAGUCUGAUGGAGAGGUGCGGCGCUGUUGUGUUCUUCACUGUGGCCGCUUCUAUCAUGAGGCCUGUGUGCAGUUGAGUGAUCUGACUGUGUUUGACAACCGAGGGUUCCGUUGCCCCUUGCAUACCUGCCUCAGCUGCCAUAACAGUGGCCGUGGUAACGCCAAAGCCACCAAAGGAAAGAUGAUGCGCUGUUUGCGCUGCCCUGUGGCCUAUCAUGUCGGAGAUCUGUGUGUUGCUGCGGGUAGCGAGAUGCUGUCUUCCAAUGCCAUUGUGUGCACAAAUCACUUCAGGGCUAAGAAGGGCUACAGCCACCACUCCCAUGUCAACGUUAGCUGGUGCUUUAUCUGCUCAAAGGGUGGCAGUCUGCUGUGUUGUGAAUCGUGUCCAGCUGCAUUUCAUCCUGACUGUCUGAAUAUCGCUAUGCCUGACGGCAGCUGGUUCUGUACUGACUGCCGCUCAGGAAAGAAACCCAGAUACAGAGACAUCAUCUGGGUCAAACUGGGAAACUACAGAUGGUGGCCUGCAGAGAUCCGUCAUCCUAAGAACAUUCCAACAAACAUCCAGCACCUGCGGCAUGAGAUUGGAGAGUUUCCAGUGUUCUUUUUUGGCUCUAAAGACUACUUCUGGACACACCAGGGCAGAGUGUUCCCUUACAUGGAGGGAGACAGGGGAAGCAAACACCAGCAGACUGGCAUCGGGAAGGUCUUUAAGAAUGCCUUGUUGGAGGCUGAAGCUCGUUUUAAUGAGAUAAAGACGGAGCGGGAAGCCAAGGAGGCUCAUGAAAACAACAAGAAACCUCCUCCAUAUAAAUACAUCAAGGUGAAUAAGCCUUGUGGGGGAGUGCAGGUCUACACUGCGGACAUCUCUGAGAUCCCCAAGUGUAACUGUAAGCCGUCCGACGAGCGUCCCUGCAGCUUUGAGUCAGAGUGUCUGAAUCGCAUGCUAUUGUACGAGUGCCAUCCUCAGGUGUGUCCGGCUGGAGAGCGCUGCCAGAACCAGGACUUCACCAAACGCCUGUACCCUGAAACCAAGAUCAUCCGUACUGCAGGCAAAGGCUGGGGCCUGCUAUCUAUGCGAGACAUUAAGAAAGGGGAGUUUGUGAAUGAAUACGUGGGUGAAUUGAUUGAUGAGGAGGAGUGCAGAGCCAGAAUCAAAUACGCUCAGGAGAACGACAUCAUGCACUUCUAUAUGCUCACAAUUGACAAGGAUCGCAUUAUAGAUGCAGGUCCCAAAGGGAACUUCUCUCGCUUCAUGAAUCACAGCUGCCAGCCCAACUGUGAGACUCAGAAAUGGACUGUUAACGGAGACACACGUGUGGGCCUGUUUGCCGUGUGUGACAUCCCUGUUGGCACUGAGCUGACUUUUAACUAUAACCUGGACUGUCUGGGGAAUGAAAAAACUGUGUGCCGCUGUGGAGCGCCCAACUGCAGUGGUUUCCUUGGUGACAGACCCAAGAAUGGUCAUUCUUCUGAGCCUAAAGCCAAGCAUCAGAAGAAAAAGUCCAAGCGGAGAAGGGCCCGUAAUGAAGGCAAGAAGUCUGAGGAUGAGUGUUUCCGCUGUGGUGAUGGAGGAGAGCUGGUUCUGUGUGAUAAGAAAGGCUGCACCAAAGCCUAUCACCUUUCCUGCCUGGACCGCACCAAGAGACCAUUUGGUCGCUGGGACUGCCCGUGGCAUCACUGUGAUGUGUGUGGAAAGAACUCUGAUGCUUUCUGCCAGCUGUGCCCUAACUCCUUUUGCAAGGCUCACCAAGAGGGGGCACUGCGGGCGCACCCACUCACAGGUCAGCUCUGCUGCCAGGAACAUGAAGACUCGGAUCUCUGCCUCCAAGCAGAGAUCCCGGUGGAGAAAACCCACACCAAGCCCUCCACCACCAAACCAAGAAAGUAUAGACGCAGAGCAGAGUCUAAAACCAACAGCAAAACGGCUCUUAAAAAGAGGUCUAAAAAGGCUGCAGAGGUGUAGUGGGUUAUAGAACAAUGGAACAUGCCCGUCCUCCCACUAACUCCGCCUCCUUUCCCUCUCCAAAUGAUUCAGUGAUUUUGACGUCGCCGUGACUGUUCUGCCAAACUGAAAGCACUGCAUGUGUCUGAUCAGGGAAGCGUGUUAACACUGUAGAGCUCCACAGAGCUGCUAAAUCAGGUCCCUUUCCACUCACCCUGCCUCUCUUCAUAUUCCACUCAUGUAUGAGUGUGUAUGCACUGAGAAAUACAGACACACUUGGGUGCAUGUGUACCCAACACAGCCAACAGAUCAAACACCUCAAAAAACAGCAUUACCGACGCCAAACUUGAAACUUUUUGAAUCUUGGCAUAGAUUUUUUUAAACAGUAGAUAUGUAUAUGGAAAUGUAUAUGAAAGACCAAAAUUAUAAUGAUACUGGAUUUAUUGUUAGUAACAGGUGCCAGGACAUUUUUUUUUUUUUUUUUUAAACAAGUGGUAUCUUUAAAUAAGACACUAUGGGUAGCCCUUGAAUUUUUUUUUUUUUUAUAGUCAGUUAUUGAGUUUAUGUAACUAUAGAGCAGCACCAUUAUUUUUAUUUUUUUCAGCUCAGUUCAUUUGUGUAGCUCAUUUUGUGUAUGAAUAACCAAUAUGUUAGGAUGUUAAAUGAGUCUGUGAAGUGUACCUAUCCAGAGUUUUAAAUUGGCAAAUCGUGACAGGGCUUCUUGUGACCGUUGCGAGAAAUAAAGCUUCUUGAAGCAAUUAUGUGUGAUGGUUUUGUUCUUUGCUGAAGUUAAUGCAGUAAAAGCAAUUCAGUAGACAUCUUAUUAAAGGGAUAGCUUAGUUCACCCAAGAAUUAAAAUUGUGAUUUACUUGCCCUCAUGGUGUUUACUCAAACCUGCAUGAAUUUCUUCCCAUUGUCUUUUAUGUUCCAUAAAAGAUGUUAGGCAUUAUGUUUGUCUCAGACACCAUUACUUUAAUUGCAUUUUUUUUUUCAUGCAAUAAAAGUGAAUGGUGUUCCACAGAAGAACAUGAGGGUUUGGAAUAACAUGAGAAUUUUC